CAGCUCAAAACUCAUCAUGAUGCAGUGUACAAUAUAAUGAAUGUUUUCUCAGAUUGACUGGCCGUCUCAGCUCAAACAUCAUCUGAAACAUGUCCAUUUAUAUUUGUAUGAAAUUUUAGCGGACUAUUUGUAAGAGUAAGACAAACACUUUUCUAAAAUGUGUUUAUUUGUAUAUAACUUAUAUAACUUGUGAAAUGAACACGCUUGUGAAAGUGACGACAGUGCUGCACUAUUGCAAUGUGUUGCUUCCUAAAUGACCAACAAUUAUACAGGUUAACAAAUAUCAGUAAACGAACAGUUAUGAAAGCAAUCUGAGCUAGUGAUUCACUCCACUCUCGGAAAUCAAGGCUUGGAGCUGUCUCUGGGCCAGUACCUGUGUAAAAGGUUCAUAUUUGUACAUAAAGGGUCAUAAUGGCACCUCAAAGGUACUUUUUAAUUACAUCCGGGCACUGAUAUGCACUUUUGAGGUGCCACUGAGGACUUUUGGGUACAAACCUGAAUCUUUUAUAACGGUACAGCCCCAGUGACUGCUCCUGUGCCUUUAUUUCUGAGAGUGCACCGAGUGAAGCUGCAGCCGCUGCUCUGAGAGACACUUUUAAAAAAUUGCUAAAAGUGGCCAAAUGAAUGUUAAAAACUGCUAAAUCUGUUGCUAGCUGCUGUUUGAUAAAAAUAAGUGGCUAAAUCUAGCAAACAAUUGCUUUGUUAGCAACAUUGGUUGUACGAGCCGCGCGUUCUUGUCUUUGUAGCGAGCGAGCGCGCCCCCGAGGAGGCUCUGUUUGCGCGUGCUCGCUGUUCCGCUCUCAGCGCUUCAGUCCGGCUGGUUUCUGUUUCGGUUUGCGGGACCGGAACUGCAUGUCGCUACUCUGCGUGCACGCCCCCUGAUCUGCUUUAGCAGUUCCAGUUCUCCAGAAACCUUCCCUUUCCACAGUCAACUAUGAACAUGAGGAGACAAGAGAGAGACGCCAGCUCAGCAGAGGAUGAGACGCAUCCUCAUUACUUAUGGUCAGGCGAGCAGCAGUGCUCAGGCUGGAGUCAGUGUUCAUGUGAAAGCUGAAACAGGAGCAGGGGUUAAUUUUUCUUUACUCACUGGAAACACAAUCACAGGCACAGUGAACUACUACAGCUCGAACCCUGCAGGAACCGAUCAACAGAAGCGCUCAGAGACAGCAGAGGAACACACAGAGCAGCAAGGUCCCUCAGAGGAUUCGAAACUGAGACGGUUCUUGAAAACACAUAAACACAGCAUGAAGAAGAAAGCAGAAUAUAUAUUUGAACACAGUGAAGAAGUCGAUCUGAAGACUAUUUACACAGAGCUGUUCAUCACACAGGGAGAUAUGAGAGAUGUCAAUCAGGAGCACGAGAUCCUGACAAUUGAUGACGCUUUUAACAGAAAACAAACACAGGACAAGCCAAUCAAAUGUAAAGAUAUGUUUACUGAACUGAAGAAGAAGAGUAAUAAAAAAACAGUGCUGACAAAGGGCAUCGCUGGCAUUGGAAAAACCGUCUCUGUGCACAAGUUCAUCCUGGACUGGGCAGAAGGGGAAGUCAGUGAGGAUAUAGACUGUGUGUUCCUGCUUCCAUUCAGGAUGAUCAACAUGAUUAAUGAUAAAGAGUUCAGUCUGCAUGAGCUUCUGAUGGAGUUUUAUUCUGGACUGAAGGGUCUGGAAAACUCAAAGCUGUAUGAGAAAUGUAAUAUAGCAUUUUUAUUUGACGGGCUUGAUGAGAGUCGUCUACCUUUGAAUUUUAACCGUGGAACACUGAAUACAGUUGAGACGAGAUCAUCUGUAGAUGUCUUGUUCACCAGUCUGGUUAAAGGGAAUCUGCUUCCAUCAGCUCUAGUCUGGGUGACCUCACGACCAGCAGCAGCCAAUCAGAUCCCUCUUGUAUGUGUGGGAUUGGUCACGGAGGUGCGAGGAUUCACUGAGCAGCAGAGGGUGCAAUACUUCAGAAAGCAGAUCACAGAUGAGAAUCAGGCCUCCAGAAUCAUAUCACACAUCAAGACCUCUCGUAGUCUCUACAUCAUGUGCCAUAUUCCUGUGUUCUGCUGGAUCACGGCCACUGUCCUUCAGCAAAUACUCAAGGAGAAAACCGAGAACAUCAGCACCACACUCACUGAGAUGUACGUUCACUUCCUGCUGAUUCAGAUGAACAUGAAGAGCCAGAAGUAUGAUGACCAAGAAGAAAGAGAUUAUACGAAGCUCUUAGAUUCAAACAAAGAGAUGAUCCUGAAAUUAGCCAGGCUGGCCUUCAAACAGCUAAAGGAUGGACAGAUUGUGUUCUAUGAGAAAGAUCUGCAGGAGUGUGGCAUUGAUGUGAGUGUAGAAACUGAGUUCACUGGAAUGAUCGCUGAGAUCUUUAAGAAGGAACGUGGACUCCAUGAAAAGAAGGUCUUCUGCUUUGUGCAUCUGAGUGUUCAAGAGUUCCUCGCUGCACUGUAUGUGUUCUUCUGCUUUCUGGAGAGGAACAACGAUGAGCUUCAGUUUUUCUUUGAGGAGUCACAAAGUACAACCAGAGGAAAACUUCAGCUCCAUGACUUGGUAAAGAAGGCCAUCGAUAAGGCAAUGUUUAGAAAGAGUGGGCAUCUGGACCUGUUCCUGUUUCUGCGGUUUCUGAUGGGCAUUUCACUGGAAUCCAGUAAUAAACUUCUCAUAGGGCUGCUCAAACACACUGAAGACACCACAGAGAGCAUCAGAAAAAUAACUGAGCAUGUUAAACAGCUGCAGGAAAAGAGCAUCUCAGAGGAAGCUUCGGUGAACCUAUUUUACUGCUUGCUUGAACUCAACGAUCAGUCAUUACAUGAGGAAAUCCAGAGUUACCUCAGUGCACAAGCAGACCCAGGGAGAAAACUGUCUUCUUCAAUGUGCACAGUGCUGCUCUAUGUACUGCUCAUGUCCGAGAAGGUGCUGGAUGAGUUCAACCCGAAGAGGUUCACCUCAUCUGAAUCAAACUACAGGACACUCGUUCCAGCUGUGAGGUCAUGCAGAAAGGCCCUGUUUGAUGGCUGUGGCCUUGAUGAAACCUGCUGUGAUGCUGUGUCUUCAGCUCUACAAUCCUCAAACUGUGUUCUGAGAGAGCUGGACCUCAGUAACAAUGCCCUGCAGGACUCAGGAGUGAACAUGAUCGCUGAAGGACUGAAGAGUCAACACUGUAAACUGGAGAUACUGAGGUCAGAGUUUGAACACCUGAUUAAUUGAAUGGUUAAAUCAAUCGAUCAAUCAUUGAUUUUUUUAAACAUGAGAUUACCUCAAACCACUGUUCAUGUAAUUUGUUUUUUUUUCUCAGACUGGGCAUGUGUAAACUCACUGUUCAGUGCUGUGAGAGUUUGUCUUCAGCUCUACAAUCCUCAAACUGUGUGCUGAGAGAGCUGGACCUGAGUAACAAUGCCCUGCCAGAUUCAGGAGUGAAACUUCUCUCUGAUGGACUGAAGAGUUCAGACUGUAAGCUGGAGACACUCAGGUUGGUCAUGUGUAAUCUCACUGUUCAGUGCUGUGAGAGUU